AUGAAGGACCGAUUGGAGCAGCUGAAAGCGGUUGGACCCUGCUGGGUCCCCAUAUGCUGGUUCUUCUUUUCUCAUUGGCUGUUGGUCCUUAUCACCGACCACUCCGGGAAAAUCUCAUUUGCUGCGGCGGGGUUCCCUCCACCAGCGUGCCAUCACACCCUUCAUGGGAAUGAAGUGCCAGCUAGCAUUUGUCACAUAAGAGACAAUGGAACAGUCCAGUAUCUAAUCAACAAGUCCACGGAAUUUUAUCCUGUCAAAAUGCUGAAUAGCACAGACAAAAGUUAUUACACUCACACGUGUGAUCAAGAUGACGAGGAGGUGGAGAUCGCUGUGGACAAUGCAGCCUUCAUGGACGAGUUCUUCACUCAGAUUGAGGACAUCAGGAACAGUAUUGAUAAAAUUGAUGAGAACGUGGCUGAAGUCAAAAGGCUUUACUCCGUCAUCCUGUCUGCGCCCACCUCCGAGCAGAAAACGCAGGAUGAUUUGGAGGCAAUCACCAAUGACAUAAAGAAGAUGGCCAAUAAUGCAAGAAACAAGCUCAAGACCAUCGAGAGGAACCUGGAGUCGGAACAGGAGGAGAGGGUGUCGGCUGACAUGCGGAUACGGAAAUCACAGCAUGCUGUGCUGUCCAGGAAGUUUGUGGAGGUAAUGACAAAGUAUAAUGAAGCUCAGGUGGACUUCAGGGAGAGGAGUAAAGGGCGCAUUCAGAGGCAGCUAGAGAUCACUGGAAAAGCGACAACAGAUGAAGAGCUGGAGGAGAUGUUGGAGAGUGGAAAUGCUGCUGUGUUCACUGCAGGGAUCGUGGAUUCUGGAAUCUCAAAACAAGCCUUGAGUGAGAUUGAAUCCAGACAUAAAGACAUCGUCCGUCUGGAAAGUAGUAUCAAGGAGCUGCACGACAUGUUUGUAGACAUCGCCAUGCUGGUGGAGAGCCAGGGUGACAUAGUUGACAACAUAGAGCAAAAUGUAUCACAGUCAGUGGACCACAUAAUCCAGGCAAAGGAACAGACCAAAAAAGCCAUAAGGUACCAGACCAAAGCACGCAAGGGCGGCAUGAUUGAGAGGAUCGAGAGCAACAUGGACCAGUCUGUGGGCUUUGUGGAGCGCGCCGUCGCAGACACUAAGAAAGCCGCCAAGUUUCAGCAGGAGGCUCGCCGCAAAAAGAUGAUGAUUACGUUGUGCUGUGCCAUCAUUGGUAUUGUUGGCUUCUCCUAUCUCUACAGCUUCUUCUCAUAA